UUGAUGCCCAAAUGUGAUGGCCGCACCUACGACGAGGUGGCUGCUGCCCAUCUUGGUGGUCAUCUUACCGUACUGUUGUGUUUCUUUAGGUCCUCCUGCUCUUCCUUAUAAUCUUGACUGCUUUAGACCAUGUGACCAGAAUGACUGCUCAGUCAUAAAGUGCCUUUGGAGUCCAAAUCCACCUCCUGAUAGCUCCACUGUCUACAGCCUUCACUGGGAGCCAGUGAACACAGAUGAUGGGCAAUGGACCGGUGGGAAUAGUUCCCAGGGGAAUAUCGCUCGUGAAAACUUUCGUAGCCACCAAGAACUUCGUGUCUGGGUCCAGGCUCGAAACCAGCACGGUUUUGUCAAAUCUCAAGAGGUUGUCAUCAAUACUGAAGAUAUCAAGAAACCACCCCCUCCUAUAAUCUCAUCAAACCAUCAGGAACCAUUAGAGAUUCACUGGGACUUCACCUGUGAGUUGCAGCUGGAUGAUGGAACCUGUGAAGUCAGGCAUCGUACAGAGGAGGACCAAGACUGGACUAGGUAUGAAGAUGGAUUACAUAGCUACUAUGGAGUUGUGAACCCCAAGGCAGGCACAGUUUUUGAGUUUCAGGUCCGUUGUAGGUGCCACUCAAGUCUGAUGAGUGACUGGAGUGAAAUCUAUAGAACGAGAAGUGCAGAGUCAACUCCAAUCGGAGAAGUGGACGUUUGGGUAGACUGCGUCGUGCCCUCGUCAAGUUUUGACUGUUUUUUGACCUGGAAGAAUCUGUCCAUUUCUCAGGCACACGGACACAUUCUAGGAUAUGACGUUAGAGUUGUUUACCAUAAUGGCACAGUGGAGCUGAUCAACGUGACCACGGUUAAUUCAAGCAGCUGGGUGUACGAUGAAAGGAAGUGGUACCUCACUACGUCUCUGAAAGAUGUGUCAUUUGUCAGUGUUUCGGCCUACAAUGCUUUUAGUGCCACAGAUGCUACUCAUCUAUUUAUGCCAGCAGCACCAGGUCAACAUGUAAAUGAUCAAAUAAUCGAGCUGCAGAUGAACGAGGAGAACCUUACGGUGUCCUGGGAGCCCCCCUCUCUCUUCCCUGACGAUGUGAAACAAUACGUGGUGCAAUACAAAGAGUGUCUGCCUGGCAAAAGCUUCGACUGGAUCAAAGUGGACAAAAACCACACGACAGUUUCUUUUAAAGGUGUAUUUAAAAAGUACACAAUGUACCAAGUUUCAUUGUUUGCAGUGUCAAAUUUAAAUGAAGUCCAGCAGCUUUCAACAGCAACUGGAUAUUCCACUCAAGGAGUUCCCUCCACAGUGCCAUCAUUUAAGGUGUUUUUUCUAGCUUCCACUGAUGUGAUUCUGUUUUGGGAGCCUGUUCCUUACGCCAAACAGAAGGGGGUGAUCCUGUACUACCAAAUAGGAGUUGUAGGCACACAAAAAGUGUACAACGUGAGUGUAAGCCCAGAUCCUGGGAACAUGACGUACAAGCUGACAGGUCUCAGUCCAGCCCAGGAGUACAAGGUUUGGAUCAGAGCAGUGACUUCAGCUGGGCCCGGCUCAAACGUCACCACAACAUUCAAAACAAUGCACUCAGAAGAUUUUGGGUAUUUAAUUCCCAUCCUGCUGCCAACAAUGCUGCUGGUCAUCACAAUCGCUGUUAUUGUUGCACUUUGUGUUUGCAGAGGAACAAAUAAAGUGCUUUCACUUUGUCUCAAUGGGAAAGUGCCAGAUCCUCGCAACAGCCACAUCUUUAAACACAUGAAGCACCAGAUUAAUGAGCCCUUGACCUGGAUCCGCAUUCCCCUCUACGAGCCUAAUCCCAAGAUCUCUCUUCUGGAAGUUGUGGAAAUCAAGUCCAAGGUUUUAGACACUGAUGGAUUCAACAGGCCAGUGAUGGAGAACGAUUGUUCUCAGAUGGACUGCAGAGACCUUCAUAUGGAAGAAACGGUAACAGAAGACCAUAACAGGACAGACCGUAGAUACAGAAGAGAGGAGUACAGCAAAAUGAUUGAUUCAGACGAGGACAGGAAUGAUGAGUUCUCAUCAGAGGAAGAGCAGUUUAUCUCAGAUUAUGAAAGGCACUUCAUGCCCAAUCCUCUGGAAAUACUGCAAAACUGA